GGCGGUGCCACAUAAAGCUUCUUUUGCUUCAGAUCAUCAUCAUCGGCGUCCGCUAUUCCCUAUCCACUGCUACAUUUGAGACAAGAGGGCGUUGAGGAGUGUAUGCACACGCGACAGUGCCUGGCACCUCCGCUAGCUGUAAUGUCAAGCCGCGUGCAGCUGUCCGAGCUGGAGGGGGUGCUGAACGAGCUGUGGAAGGCGGACGCGAACCGUUUAACUCCUGGCACUCACUACGCCAUCUCUCCACAGGGCAGAGCGGGGUACGUUCCUCCAGGGAGCGACUCUGCAAGGGACUGUGCCGCUCGCCCUUUGUUCAUCUUCGUGGACGAGGCUGCGCUUCAGAGCCGAGACACCUACAGGACUUUCAUCGCAUUACUCGACAAUUACGAGGAGCAAACGGGCACCACCGAGACGGUGACGGCCGAGGAGGUGCGGGAGAACCAUCGCUUCCUCGACGCCGUCAUGCAGACGGCCGUCAUGAAGGUGGGAAGAUUCGCCCACGAGUUCCUGGCGAGCAAAGGCAUGGCGAGCAAGGAUGCUGGAAAGUUCAAACAGCACCUCUACCGCAUCUGGUUUGAGCUGUACUCGCGUGGAGGCUGCGCCGACUCGAGUGGCUUCGAGCACGUGUUUGUGGGCGAGACGAGGCGCUCUCGAGAGCUGCUCGGAUUCCACAACUGGGUGCAGUUCUACCUCCAGGAGAAGCGCGGCAACGUCGACUACAAAGGCUUCGUCGCCCGCAGAUACAAGGACAAGCCUGAUGAGGACGACCACCUGCUCACCCUGCAGUUCAGCUGGAAGGCAGCUGUAAAGCCUGCGGGCAGCUCCUUCAUCGGCUGCAGCCCCGAAUUUGAGCUCGCCACCUACACACUGUGCUUCCUGGCUGGCGGAGGCAGCCGGGAUGGGGAGCGUUCAUCACGAUAUCCCCUACGCCUCGAUGAAUUCCGCCUCGAACUCGUAUGCCACCGCCAUGGCUCACACAUUGGCACAGUCUAUCCGGUGCUGCUCGAACACAACCUUGACACUCAAGCCUGAGACACGCAGACUCCAGAAGGCCAGAUCUUAGGAUCAAUGUCUAGGGUCAGGGCUCCAGGGUGAGUGUCUUAGGGCCAGGUUUGAAUUUAAUUGUUUUGCAAUUCGACUACUCAUGAUAGGGUUCGAGGAACUAAAUAUUUCAGAGGAAAAUGGGUUUCAAGACAAUUAUCUUAAAAAAGUGUACAUUGAGACCUGAAUAUAUGAGAUGGGGUUUCAGAACCAGGGUAAUGAGACGUAUCCACAAAGAACCAGGAUUUGGACUAGGCUACAGGCAAACAACCAGCAACUCUUCAAUUUCUGGCUCCGAGUAAAGUUUAAACGAUAUUCUGACAUAUGGCAAAUUGAUGGUCCCAGCCCAGCCUAGUUAAUACAUGAAGAUGGACAAUCACGGUUAUUAGGGUGUAUUCACGAUGGGGGCAUAACGCAUAUUUUCAUGGUUGUGGCAAGGCAGACCUUGGAAGGAUGUUUUCAGAAGAUAUAUGAUUGCUUGGGACCCCGGUUAGGGGAACCCAAUCUUGUGGUUGUUAUAAACUACCCUUGAAGGAUGUGGAGGAGCAAGGUCUAUGCUAUUUCACUCUGCUGUCACUCGAUAAACGUAGGAGUUU